AGAUGACAUUUCUUUAGUACAGUUCAUCAGGCGUUACGUGUGCAUGCGUUCUCGACAGAACUCUGCGUUUGUGUGCAAGGACUCCGUUCUAGGAGUAUGGUGCUGCCAACCUUUUACUUUGAAUUAAAUUAAUUUAGUCGUCAUAGGUUUAGAAUUUAUUAUAUUAUAGUUCUGUUAUUUAACCUGCAUACAUAGAGUCUGUUAAGAGAAAUCAAAGGUGACAAAAUGAGUGAGAUUGAACCAUCCAAGUUGAAGGUCGCGGAGCUUCGCGCGGAACUGCAAGCGCGUGGACUCGAUUCAAAGGGAGUGAAAGCUGUCCUUGUUGAUCGACUUGAGAAUGCUUUGCUUGCCGAAGCCGAGGAAGUGGGGAAUGAGAACGAACCCGCGGAAGCAGACGAAGAUGACAAUUUUGACGAAGAUGUUGUAGAACUAGCACAAGAAGCACUACCAGAAGCAGAGCAAGGAUUUGGCGAUGAGUUUGGAUUUUCAGGGGAUCAGGAUGGAACCAGCCAAGAAGCAGAUGAUCUCUUGCAAGCAGGUGAAGAGGGUGGAGAUGACCAACUCUUGGCAGACUUGGAAAUUCCUCCAGCUAUGGAGGAACCGGAAGCAGAAGUCCAGCCAGAACCACAAGAAGAAGCUAUGGUGCAAGAGGAGGAUGCCAUGCCUCAAGUUACAGAAGCUGAACCAGAAGCAACGGAUGAGCAGGGGCAAGUUGAACAGCCACCAGAAAGCAUGGAGCAAGAAGCCCAACCACAAACAGAAGAGAAGGAAGGUGAAAAUAAAGAGCAGUCUGGGGAUGGGGACAAGAAAGAAGAAGGUGACAAGGAUAAAGAAAGGAAACGCGACUAUGAGAACAGGAACCGUGAUCGCCGAUUUGGAGGCAGAGAUAGAUCUCCCAGGAGAAGAACACCCCCUCCUGUGGUUAUGGAAGAAGAUGAUGAUAUACCAGAUACACAGUGUGUGCUCAGCAAAUACCUUUCUGACUUGAAUCUAAAAAUUGGCAAAGAUGGCUAUAAUGCAUGUCCCCUCAGCAUGGAAGGGUUCGCAUACAUGUGGGGUGGAGUCAAGGCUACACACGGUGUGAAUAAAGGGAAAAUCGGAUAUGAAUGCAAGCUGGAGUCCCAAGCUGAUGUGCGCCAUCUACCUCCUGAAGAGACCAACAAACAUGUUGUCCGUGUAGGAUGGUCCAUUGAUGCAUCUUCUCUUCAGUUGGGAGAGGAAGACUUUUCUUAUGGGUAUGGAGGAACAGGAAAGGCAUCGGUCAAAUGCAAGUUUGAGAACUAUGGAGAGAAGUUUGGUGUGGGAGAUGUUAUUGGUGCAUAUGUGGACUUUGAAGGAGAGAAGCCAACAAUCUCAUACACCAAGAAUGGCAAUGACCUUGGUGUUGCCUUCACCAUUGAAGAAGACCUAGAAGGCAAAGCCUUGUUCCCUCAUGUCAUGGUCAAGAAUAUCUCAGUGGAGCUCAACUUUGGCCAGAAGGAGGAGCCUUAUUUUCCAUUGAAGGAAGAGUUCUCUUUCAUUGGCAAGCUACCUGCUGAAGACUCUGUACGUGGGCCUAAAUCUCCUGCAACCAAGAAGGAUUGUGAGCUGUUGAUGAUGGUUGGUCUGCCAGGCUCUGGUAAGACAACAUGGACCAUCCAGGCUUGCAAGGAUAUGACUGACAAGAAAUACUAUAUCCUUGGCACCAAUCUCAUCAUGGAUAAGAUGAAGGUGAUGGGGCUCCGCCGUCAGCGUAACUAUGCCGGUCGUUGGGACAAGUUGAUGGACUUGGCUACCAAGUGUUUGAAUCGAUUCUUUGAAGUUGCAGCCCGAAAGCGCCGUAAUUACAUUCUUGACCAGACAAAUGUGUAUCCCUCCGCAAGAAGAAGAAAAAUGCGCCCUUUUGAGGGUUUCAGCACCAAAGCAAUCGUAUUAGUUCCCUCUGAUGAAGAGUUUAAGAAGCGAGUGGAAAAACGCACUAAAGAAGAAGGCAAGGACGUCCCGGACCAUGCUGUGAAUGAGAUGAAAGCCAACUUUGAGCUCCCCGAGAAGGGUGUGCUCUUUGAUGAAGUGGAGUAUGUUGAGCUGAGUGAGGAGGAGUGCAAGCCCCUGGUAGAGCGCUACCGCAAAGAAGGCAAGGACGCUGGAGGACUCAAACCUCGCUUUGACCGUCGUGGUGGUCGAGACUUCAGAGGAGGAUAUGACCGUGGUGGAUACGGCCGUCAUGAUGACCGAAGAGGAGGCUAUGGCGGCGGUGGUGGCUAUCGUUCUGGUGGAUAUGAUCACGGUGACCGUCGUGGAGGUUAUGGUGGAGGAGGUGGAUACCGAGGAGGCUAUCGUGAAGGAGGCUGGAACCGUGGUGGCAGUGGAUAUGGUGGUGGUCGCGGUGGCGGAAGUGGUGGCUACGGUGGUGGACGUGGCGGAGGAGGAUACAACAGUGGUGGAUACGGUGGUGGUAGCAGCAACUACAGUAAUCGUGGAAGCAGCAACUACGGUAGUGGCAGUAGUAACUACAACAGAAACUCCAGCUCUGGUGGGUAUGGAAACCAGAGCAGUGGUGGAAGCUAUGGCAAUCGUCAGAACCAAGGCUCAUACAACAAAUACGGAAACCAGUCCAACUACCAACAGAACAAGCAGUCAAAUUACAAUCAGCAGUCAAGUUACGGGAGUGGUAGUGGAUCAAGUAACUACAGCUCAAACCAAGGCUAUGGUUCUUCAUCAAACUACAGCAACACCUCGGGGUAUGGGAAUAGCAGCAACACCAGCAGCUACACCCAGGGCACUCAAAGCUCGUACAACCAGGGGUAUCAACAGAACCAACCGUCUCAGCAACAGACGCAGCAACAGUAUGCUAACUAUCAACAGCAGUAUCAACAAUACUACCAGCAGAACCCUCAGUAUGCCCAACAGUACGCCCAGUACUACAGCAACUAUGGCAACUAUGGAGGAUCUGGGUCAAGCCAGUAGGCCUGUACAGAUGCAAAGAGAAAGUUGAAGAACAAUGUUGAGAUCAUUAUCCGAAAUACAAUACAUCUUGGCUCUUUGAUUAGUUCAGGCUUUCUUUGUGAGUAUGGUGACCUCAAGAAUUGUUUAAUUUUUGAAUUGUUAAAAUGCUUGCAUAUUUGAUGACCCUGUCAGUGGUAUUAAGUAAGAUCAUGAAUAUCUGUUCCUUGUAUGAUCCCUACCCAGCAAAAUAAAAUAACCUUUAGCUUUGAUUAUAUGAUGUAAAUACUGCUUAAAAGGUAAAUAAAACAAACAUGUUAAUGUGGUAAGUUAAUACAGUUGGUAACAGAUUCUUAUCGUUGAUAUGUGGGAGUAUGUAAAUAGUAAUCAAAUGGAAAAGAUUGUAAUUUUGUUUGUAUUUUUGACCUGUUGUUUUAUAGAUGUUAGAUUUUGUAUUAGCUUACUAUUUGGAUUUCACCUAAAUCUUUUUAUAUGUCAGUGAAGUGUUCUGUCUUACGGAUUAUAUGUUUACUGAUGAUUAUGAAAUGAAUUUUAUGUUUUACAGUGAAGAGAUACAUUCCUGCUCAAGGACAUGUUUGUAAAUAUAGACAUUGCUUUGGAAAUACCUUAAAGGCUUCAACCCAACAUUAGGCGCAUUUUUGGAUUUAGCAUUUUAAGAAAGAAACAACUUUUGUUGUAAUUGUUGACCACCCCCCCCCCCCUGGAAACCUAAUUAAUUAAAAUCAUGAGUCUGAAAUCAUAUGAAAACCUUAUACUGAUUUACCUGAGAAGUACUCUGUUCCGCGGUCAAAUCCAGUUUAUUUCACUGGACUCACCCAGUUAUCAAGAUAACAAUUUUUAAAUGAUGUAGGAUGUUUUUUGUUUAAUUAAUAUGGUAUUCAUACUUUGUUGGCCAUGCUUUUUAGAUAUUCAAGCGAUAAUUCAAACUGAAUGUUUUAUGAUAUCCCCUCUUCUGAAAAAAAGGUAAUUGAUAUAUUGAUGAUAGACACAACACAUGGAAUAAUUGGAUGGUAAAAAGCAAAUGAUUCUGUAAGAGGAAUAAGCGAUCCAAUUCAAUGAUAUGUAAAUAUAUAUUGUGUUCAUGCUGUCAAUACUACUUGACUCUUAUUCUUGCCUUCAUUGGAAGAAAAGCAUUGGACAAUUACUAAAAUAUGUUUCUUAAUUUUGUACAUAGUUUUAAUAUGCAAAGUGUAUGGUAAGGAAUGUUGUGUUAGAUGUAGACUUGUUGAUUAUCUCAAACCAUCUACCAUGCUAUCUCAGGAGACACAAGACUCUUUCCUGAUUUAAUAAAUAAUUGAACUGUAAA